AAAAAUGGCAAAGAGAAUUGCAGAGAAGGAACUGACUGACAGAAACUGGGAUCAGGAGGAUGAAGCUGAGGAGGUGGGAACCUUCUCAGUAGCUAGCGAAGAAGUCCUGAAGAACAGAGCUAUUAAAAAAGCAAAGCGCCGAAAUGUUGGAUCAGAGUCUGAAAGUGGAGGAGCCUUUAAAGGGUUUAAAGGCUUUAUAUUGCCUUCUGGAAAAGGAGGAGGUGGCUUCAGCGGAUUUGGUAAUGGUGCAGGAAUAAAGCCUUUAGAAGGGCUGUCUAACGGAAGCAGUAGUAUCUCUAGCACUCCUACUUUCAGCAGUUUAAAGACCACCUCUGAAACGCAGUCAGCAUUUGGAUCCACAAUGUCAAAUGGUCCUACCACUACUGCGUUUACUGAGAAGGCGGCUGCAAGCCCGAAAGCUAAUGGUGGCAGUCAACCAUCCUCAUCUGGCUACGCUCAGAGUAAAGUUUGUAGCUCUAGUGUUUACCACAAACAGUUAGCAGCUUUAAACUGUUCUGUGCGUGACUGGAUAGUUAAGCAUGUAAACACAAACCCACUCUGUGACCUGACACCCAUCUUCAGAGACUAUGAGAAGUAUUUAGCAAAUAUUGAACAGCAACAUGGAAGCAGUAGUGAUAGUGGCUCUGAAAAUGAAAGCAACAAGACACCUGGCGCUCAGUCUGUUUCUACGUUUGGGAAUUCAAAGCUACAGCAAGGAUCAACUUUUUUGUUUAACAGCACCACCACUGAGGAUACCUCGGACAAAAAACCUGAAGCUGCAUCCGAAAAAAAAGACCCGUCAUUAGGAGCUACAUCAACCGUCUCAUUUAAUUUUGGCAAGAGUGUCGACAGUUCUGUUUUGGGUUCCCUUGGUUCAGGAACGCUUAGUAGUUUCUCAUUUUCUCCUGGGAACUCAGGUUUGUUUGGAAAAGAUGCAAACCAAGCUAAGUCUGUCACUGCAGUAUCUACCAAUGUAUUGGAAGCUCAGACAGAAAGUGGAAAUAGCGAUGAUAAAGGAGGAGAAGAUGAGGAAGAAGAGCCACCAAAAGUCAUUGUUAAUGAAAUAAAAGAGGAUGAUGCUUUCUACUCAAAGAAGUGCAAACUAUUCUACAAAAAGGAUAAUGAAUUUAAAGAAAAAGGUGUAGGAACAUUACACUUAAAACCAGCAGGAAAUGAAAAAACUCAACUCCUAGUCCGAGCAGAUACGAAUUUAGGAAACAUACUUUUGAAUGUUCUAAUUCCACACAAGAUGCCAUGUACAAGAACCGGAAAAAACAAUGUUCUUAUAGUUUGUGUUCCUAAUCCACCGAUUGAUGAGAAGAAUCCAGCUGUUCCUGUCACUAUGUUAAUAAGGGUGAAAACAAGUGAGGAUGCAGACGAGUUGCACAAAAUCUUACUGGAGAAAAAGGAGGCUUAAAUAAGUUGCAGUCAGUGAUUUGAGGAAUUAUUGCCAAACUGCUGCUGCUCUUUUUUUCUUCCAUAACUUCACUUGAACACUUAACUCUUUACUCUGAUAUUAAGAACUGUUAUAGGAAUUCUGGAAAAAUUCUGUGAGGAAAAACUAAACUAGCUAAUAAAAGCUUUAAUAGAACACAAGUGUUGGACUGUGCUCCCUCAUUUUU